AUGAGGAUCACACACCAUCCGGGUCGUGCGAUCGAUACGAGCCUCUCGUUGGAGCAGCGCAGUGCAAUGGGUGCCCUGUACGAGGCCAACUGGAACAAGGUGCAGUCCAGUAUGAACUCGCUGAUCGAGAGUCAUCACGAGGUGGGAGCGAGUUCCGGUGCAUCACCUGAAGCGUACAGGGGAACGGCGAAGGGAACCGGCUCUUCGGAGGAUGAUGAAGGACUGCCGGAAGACGAGGAGGAAACGGACACCUUUCAGGAGGGUAAUGGAGUUCUGAAGGCCCUUAAUGGGUACCGUCCGGCAACGAUACGGCGCGCCAGACAGCGUCAGUAUCCGGAGUGGGAUGAGCUGAAGGAACCACAGGUGCAUAGUCAUCAUUACCCGGAAGGGGACGGCGGGGCGACGAAGUACCACACCGUCCGGGGUAGAAUGUUGGAGAAGACGCACAAACCACGGGCAACGCUGCGUGGAUCCAGUGUGGCGGAGUUCGACAGUGGACACUACGCAAACAUGCUCCCGGUGGAGGAGAGAUCCCGUAGCUCCACACUCAAACGGUCCAAUACAGUCGCAGCUCAGAUUCCGAUGGCCCAGCAGAGGACGCUCGAUCGGAGGGAAACGUUCCUGCACCCACAGCAAAUGCAGCAGCAACCGAAAAAGGAGCGAAUCCGUCAGCAGAAACCAAUGGAUGAGUACUCGGACCAUCUGCAUCGGCCUCCGGUGAGUCGCUAUCCGGGCGGUCCAGAAUCCGACGUUGAUAGGCUCGAGAGUAAGCUGCGCGCGAGUACGAUCUGUGAUAACGGGGUUCGGUACCGUGACAAGUCCAGCCCGGCCGACUACCGGCGUGGCAGCGAUGACAGCGAGAGUAACCUGUCCAUCGGUGACCGCAUGACGACGUACCGAUCCGACAACGAUCUCUGCUCACAGAUCUACCGCGAGGGAAGCCGUAAUGGUUCGCUGGCGAGUAUUCCGAAGUCGACGGCAACCUUAUCCCGGAACCGCACCAUCAAGGGUCGCCCAAUCCUAGAGGAUAUCCCGGCGGACCUGCUUCCCAGGUUGGAUCCGGAAAAGCCUAAGAAGUCAUCCGGAAAGCGGGUGGGCUUUGGCAAGAUGCUCUACAAUACGAUUUCGGCUGGCACGAAGUUCCCCCGUACGCUGCUCAAGUCCCACUUCGGGACCAGAGAGUCCGGUGGGGACUCGUCGGAGUAUGACACUAUCGGUGGAUACCGGGACGACUCGCCACCGUCGUCGAUGUCACCGUACUCGUCCACGUCUUCCUCGCCUUCGUCCUCAAAGUCCUCGUCGUUUAAGAAGCUGUUCGGUGGAAGUGGUGGAAACAGCAUCCAAGUCCCGAACAGUGGUAGCAGCAGUCGAAGCGGUAGUCACAGCAGCAAUGGAGUUGGUACCGGUGGUGACAAUCAGCACCAUCAGCAACAACAACAUCGUCGGCAGCAGUACAGCGCCAGCGCCAGUUCCGACUCGUCGGCUGACUCGUUCUUCGCUUCCACGGCGACCGAACGAGUGAGCCGUGGUCCGGCCGGAUUCGGCCGGGUGACGUCGAACGGCAAGUUUCCGACGCUGGUUCCGGUACACACGUACGCACGGAAGCGACGCACCGGGAACCUGAUAGCCAACGAGCCGAUCUACGGCAACGUGGAGGAGAUCUACGCGAGUCCCGACGAGGGCCGCGUUGAGGUGUCGCGCGAGGGCAAGUACCUGUCGACGCUGUCCGGCGCCAAGGUUCUGGGCGAGCUGGCCAUCCUCUACCACUGCCAGCGGACGGCCACGAUCACCGCCGCCACCGACUGCAAGCUAUGGGCGAUCGAGCGGCAAUGCUUCCAGACGAUCAUGAUGCGAACCGGCCUCAUACGGCAGGCGGAGUACUCCGAUUUCCUCAAGAGCGUGCCGAUCUUCAAAAACCUCCCGGAGGAUACGCUGUGCAAGAUAUCGGACGUGCUAGAGGAGUGCUACUACCAGAAGGGCGACUAUAUCAUCCGCCAGGGCGCCCGCGGUGACACGUUCUUCAUCAUCUCCAAGGGUCAGGUGCGCGUGACGAUACGCCAGCCGGACACGCAGGAGGAGAAGUUCAUCCGAACCCUCGGAAAGGGCGACUUCUUCGGCGAAAAGGCUCUGCAAGGGGAUGAUCUACGCACGGCCAACAUCAUUUGCGACUCGCCGGAGGGCGUCACCUGUCUGGUGAUAGAUCGGGACACGUUCAAUCAGCUGAUCUCGAACCUGGACGAGAUCCGAAACCGCUACAACGAUGAAGGAGUCAGCGAGCGGAAGAAGAUCUACGAAGAGUUCCGGGAAGUGAAGCUGUCCGAUCUGCGCGUCAUCUCGACGCUCGGAGUCGGCGGGUUCGGGCGCGUCGAGCUGGUCCAGCUGGCACAGGACAAAGGGCGCUCGUUCGCGCUGAAGCAGAUGAAGAAGGCACAGAUCGUCGAGACGCGUCAGCAGCAGCACAUUAUGUCGGAGAAGGAGAUCAUGAGCGAGGCGAACUGCGACUUCAUCGUGAAGCUGUACAAAACGUUCAAGGACCGCAAGUACCUGUACAUGCUGAUGGAGAGUUGCCUCGGCGGAGAGCUGUGGACGAUCUUGCGCGACCGUGGCCACUUCGAUGACGGCACCACGCGAUUCUAUACCGCCUGCGUCGUGGAGGCGUUCGACUAUCUGCACUCGCGCAACAUCAUCUACCGCGAUCUGAAGCCGGAAAAUCUCCUGCUGGACGUGUCCGGUUACGUGAAGUUGGUUGACUUUGGGUUCGCCAAGAAACUGCAAUCGGGUCGCAAAACGUGGACAUUCUGCGGUACGCCGGAGUACGUCGCGCCGGAAGUUAUUCUCAAUCGGGGCCAUGACAUCAGUGCCGACUACUGGUCGCUCGGGGUGCUCAUGUUUGAGCUGCUGACGGGAACGCCACCGUUCACCGGAGCCGAUCCGAUGCGCACGUACAACAUCAUCCUGAAGGGUAUCGAUGCGAUCGAGUUCCCGCGCAACAUCACCCGCAACGCCAGCGCGCUGAUCAAGAAGCUGUGCCGUGACAAUCCGACCGAACGACUCGGGUACCAGCGUGGUGGAAUCAGUGAAAUUCAAAAGCACAAGUGGUUCGAUGGCUUCUACUGGGAAGGUUUGCGGAAUCGUUCGCUACCGCCGCCGAUCCUGCCGAAGGUGCAGAGUGUCGUCGAUACGGCCAACUUCGAUGACUAUCCGGCCGAUCCCGACGGUCCACCGCCGGAUGAUCUGUCCGGAUGGGAUGACGAUUUCUAAGCCAUCCGAGCAUGGCUUCUCCUUCCUCCCUUUCUCUUCGCUUUCUUCCUUCUGUCGCCCUUCGUGUGUCCCCAUCUCCGUAUCCAUUCUCCUCCUGCCCAUCCUGUGCGAAAUGUGUAUGCAUGCGAUUCGAGUGAAUGUGGUCUGUGUUCCUUUUUUGAUGUUCUUUCCGCCAAUGUGUGUCCUGCGAGUGGAUGUUGUGAACGAUGUAAAUGCAAUUCGCCCUCGCACGGGUUGGGAGUGUUUGUUUUAGUAUCCCGCUUCGUUUCGUUUGUUCCAAUCCAUGUAUUGUUGUAGUGUUUAUUUUUAUGUUUUACAAAUUUUAUCAUUUUAUUCAUAACGAAAGCAAAAUAGAGAGAGAAAUAAGAAUAGAGAGAAGA